AUGUUUGGCUUUAUUGCCGACGGCUUAACCAUCGCCACAACAAUCCUCUUCCCAGUCUUCGCCUCCUACAAGGCCCUUCACACAUCCGAUCCCGCCCUCCUCGCCCCUUGGCUAAUCUAUUUCGUCGUACUCUCCCUCUUUACCGUCGUCGAGAACACCUUCGCCUUCAUCCUUACCUGGAUCCCCUUCUACUCAUGGCUUCGUUUCUUCGGACACCUUUACCUAAUCCUACCUGGGUCUCAGGGCGCCACCUUCCUAUACCAAGAGUACAUUGAGCCCUUCCUGUACCACCACGAGCGCGAAAUCGACGACUUCAUAACGCAGAGCCAUGACAACGCGAAGAAGGCGGGCAUGCAAUAUGUAGAGACGGCCAUUGAGUGGGUCAAGGUCAACGUGCUAGGCUUUGCAGCACGCAAGCCCGAAAGCCCCAGGCCAGCAGGGCAGAGCUAUGCGCAGAAUCUCAUGGGGAGGUUCCAAAUGCCCAGUGCACGGGGGAGCAACGAUUUGUACGGGCUUGUGAACCAGGCGCUCAGCGGAGCAAGUGCCCUAUACGGAGCCGGUGCCGCAAGCAGCAGUUCCAGAGACGCACAGGCGUCAGAUCUGAGCCGAGCCGCCGGCAACCUCGUCCCAGACAGUAUCCGCAACAACGACGACCGCCUCAACUACGUCGCCUCGCAGCGCCAGCGUCUGGAAACCCUGCUCCAGGCCUUUGACCGCGAACAAGAGAAUAUCCGCGGCAAGCAGGCUGCCGGUGGCCUGUACCACGAUAACAGCAGCAAUACGAGUCUCGGCGGGAAUUUGUCGCGCAACCGGAGCGAGGCUGAAUUCGACCGCAUCGAGCGUGAUGAGUUGAGUUCGCAUUCGGGGUCCGAGAGGCCGCCCUAUCCUAUUACGCCACCGGCGCUGGGCCGGAGAACGAGCAGCGGGUGGAUGCCGUGGAAUUGGCAGCAGAAGCAGCAGCAACAGCAGCAGGAGGAUCCGCUGGCCUAUGGCAGGGAGCCUGGAGAGAGGAGGGCGAGGGCAAGUGGGUUUGAUCUGGGGGAUCGAUAG